GUUUGACGUCACUUUGACAUUUGACAACCUGACGAGUGCAGAGAAAAUUUUUAAUGGGUUCCCAGGAAGGUUGUCAAAAAACACGUGAAGUCAAAACAAUAAUAAUUUCCACGCGCGGGUUUAUUUUGUAAUUUUUUUGGUUGAUUUUCCAAAGAUGAAACGCAAAGAAAUAAAACGGAAGCACAUAAAGAAGAGUGUCAACAACUAUUUACGAUCAAAGGAUCAUGUAUUCAAUGAGGAUGUAACGGAUGAGGAUGGAAAUUACUUCCUGGGAAUCCUCAAUGUUUUGCGGGAAGAAGAAAAUGAUGAUGCGGAGGGGAAAGAAUUGCUGGCUAGGAAUGUUAUGGAUUACACAAGAGGUCGAGAGAUUACUUUGGCAUCGCAUCAGAUUGCAUCGAAGGUGAUUGAGAAUCUCCUGGAGUAUUGCAAUGAGGUCACUCUUGGGGAGUACCAGGAUGCCUUUAAACAGGACAUUCGAACACUCUGUGCCAAUAGAUUCUCAUCCCAUGUUCUUGAGAAACUUAUCUCUCUAUCUGCAACGAGGUUUCUUACAAACUCUGCUGAAGGCUCAAAUCCUCCAGAGAAGAAGAUCAAGGAAGAAGCUGAAGUUGAUCCUGGGGAGAAGUGCAAACUCUUCGUGGAGACUUGCAGUAAAUUCCUUCUCAAUAAUAUGGAGGAUUUUGUUUGGGAUCCUUAUGCAAAUCACGUUAUUCGUACGUGUUUGAAGUCACUCAGUGGGCAAAUGGAUGAAAAGCUUUCCUUUCCGGGAGUUCCGGAGGAAUGGGGCGAUGUUGUCAAGGAGUAUGCAAGUCGUCUGAGAGAUUGGCCAUUUUUUGUGGAUUUCCCAUAUCAAGAACUCACUUCGGGGCUCCUGCAGACUCUCACUGUUGCCCUUGCGCGUAUUGAUAAGAGUGCACUAAAAUCCAUUGGAGGAUUUUUUACUCAGCCCCAAAAUACGGAAGAUCCUGUGGAAGAGAAUAAAGAAGAAGCUGCGGAAGAUGCAGAAAAUCCUUCGAAGCUUCAUAAACUUUUCACAACGGAGAGCUCCAUAAGAUUCCUGGAAGUUCUCAUUGGUGUGGCGGGGAAGAAGCUUUUUUCGAAGAUUUUCCUAAGACUUUUCCAGGGGAAUCUCAAGGAAUUGAGCUUGAUGAAGUCUGCCAAUUUCUGCGUGCAGAAAAUUCUCGACAAUAUGAAGGAAAAGGAAGAAUUGAGCAGCUGUUUCACUGAACUUGACGCUCAUACCGGGGAGAUCCUUCAGAAUGGCUACACUGGAGUUAUUCUAUCUCUCUGUCAGGCAUGCAGGAGAUUGGAAAUCAAUCAGCAUCAAUUUAUUCGGAGCUUGAAACGUGCCCUCAAUUGUCAGAAGGAAGGAAAUUUCGCUCUGUGCGUAUUGAAGCUCAAACCACAGGAGAUGGUUGCAGAGGAUACCUCAACAUUUGUCCACAUCCACGGAUCCCUGAUUGUGCAGGAAAUGCUGAAGUUUCGUAAACCAAUCGACGUCAUUCAGAGUAUCCUGACCAUUCCACCUGAUCAACUUGUUAACCUCCUGAAUACAGCUAAAGGAUCCUUCCUUGUUGAUGCCUUCUUCGCAUCACCACACGUUGGGGAGAAAUCUCGCGUAUCCUUCGUGAAUCACCUCAUUGGCUUCUUCAUUGAUCUUGCCAUCAAUAAAUUCGGCUCAAGGAGUAUUGAGCGUCUCUUUGAGGCCUCAUCAUCGGAGCUACGAUGCAAAAUAAUCGCAGAAUUGGCAGAGAAGAUCAAUAAACUGCAGAGUACCCCAUUUGGUUUUAUAGUUAGCAAAAAACUUCAUGUGGCGGAGUACAAACAAAAUGCAAAAAGGUGGAAUUCUAUCUACAAUAAAGGUCAUAAAAAAUAAAGAAAAAAAAA